CACGAACUACUGGCCGCUCGUGCGCUUCCUCGUGCCCCUCGGCAUCACCAACAUCGCCAUCGACUUCGGCGAGCAGGGCUACAGGUUUAAAUCCUCAAGCAACUGAAAGCAAUGUGGAAAAAUGUGAAGUGGGAUAUCUUGGCAUGAACAUGUGACCAGCACUGCAGGGCCUGGGCCAAGACUGAAUCUGUUUGCAUCUCAUAAAUAGACCUCUGACUGCUGGCUCAGGUGCCCUGGGGUGCGCUCCCCGGGUGGGAAAACUGGAGCUGCUUGGAGGUGCGGGGGGUGGUCACCUCCACUCCAAGUCAUUUAGCACCCUGCCUCCUUCCCCCCACCCACCGUGCUCUCUGGCUUUUGAAUUUCAGUGGAGGAUCAGAUGUGGCUCUCAGGGCAUUGAACAGGGGUAUCGCAGCUGUCAAGGAAGAUGCAGUGGAAAUGUUGGCCAGCUAUGGGCUAGCUUACUCUCUAAUGAAGUUCUUCACGGGUCCAAUGAGUGACUUCAAGAAUGUGGGCCUGGUAUUUGUGAAUAGCAAGCGAGACAGGACCAAAGCUGUUAUGUGUAUGGUUGUAGCUGGUGCUGUGGCUGCUGUAUUUCAUACCUUGAUAGCAUAUAGUGAUUUGGGGUAUUACAUUAUUAACAAGCUGCACCAUGUGGAUGAAUCUGUGGGAAGUAAAACACGAAGAGCCUUCCUUUAUCUUGCUGCCUUCCCUUUUAUGGAUGCCAUGGCUUGGACCCAUGCUGGCAUUCUCUUGAAACACAAGUACAGUUUCUUGGUGGGAUGUGCCUCCAUCUCAGAUGUCAUAGCUCAGGUUGUUUUUGUAGCCAUUUUGCUCCACAGUCACUUGGAAUGCAGAGAGCCUCUCCUCAUCCCAAUCCUGUCCCUGUACAUGGGAGCACUUGUCCGAUGUACCACCCUCUGCCUGGGUUACUACAGGAAUAUACAUGAUAUUAUUCCCGACAGAAGUGGACCUGAAAUGGGGGGAGAGGCUACAAUAAGGAAGAUGCUGAGUUUCUGGUGGCCUUUGGCAUUAAUUUUGGCAACUCAGCGAAUCAGCAGGCCUAUCGUCAACCUUUUUGUCUCCCGAGACCUGGGUGGCAGCUCUGCAGCCACAGAGGCUGUGGCAAUUCUGACAGCUACAUACCCUGUGGGACAUAUGCCAUAUGGCUGGUUGACAGAAAUUAGAGCAGUCUACCCUGCAUUUGACAAGAAUAACCCCAGCAAUAAAAUGGUGAACACCAGCAGCACAGUAACAGCAACGCAUAUCAAGAAGUUUACAUUUGUCUGCAUGGCACUGUCCUUAACGCUCUGUUUCGUGAUGUUUUGGACACCAGAUGUAUCAGAGAAGAUUUUGGUUGACAUCAUUGGUGUGGACUUUGCCUUUGCCGAGCUCUGUGUUGUUCCUUUGCGCAUCUUCUCCUUCUUCCCAGUUCCAGUGACAGUAAGAGCACAUUUGACGGGUUGGCUGAUGACACUAAAGAAGACAUUUGUACUGGCACCCAGCUCAGUUCUGCGGAUUAUCGUCCUCAUCACUAGUCUCAUUGUUCUGCCUUACUUGGGGGUCCACGGAGCCACCCUAGGAGUUGGGUCACUUCUAGCUGGUUUUGUAGGAGAAUCUACCAUGGUUGCAAUAGCAGCUUGCUAUGUCUAUAGAAAACAGAAAAAGAAGCGGAAUGAGAAUGAGACAGCUACGGAAGGUGAAGACUCAGCAAUGACUGACAUGCCUCAAACAGAGGAAAUGACAGACAUCGUAGAAAUGAGAGAAGAGAAUGAAUAAUGAAAUGGGACGUGACUGUUCUCUUCCAGGACAAUUGGAAUGAUACUUCAGCAUCUUUUCUUCUCUCAUAUUUUUUUUUUUGGUUUGUUUUUAUUUUUGUAAUAAAGAGGCCUUGAUUUAAAAGGUUUCAGAUAAAUUCUCUAGCAUACUGAGUAUGCUUACACUGAUGAGGGACCUAAAGGAAGGUCUUUGCUUUUUUCCUUUUUAGUUGAAUUUGUUUUCCUACACCAUGCAAACUCAAAAGAUAUAGCUGCACUACAGUAGAAGGAGUCUUCCUUACUUACACAUUCAUCACCUUUGGACAAUCUGCAUUUGUCAACCAAAGUGCUGCUGUGUGUCUGUGCCAUUCACUCUGCUGUCAUCCUUUCUGCUUUCAUCUUUCCUUUUUUUUUUUUUUAAUUAAUGAGUGAUUUAAAAAAAUGGAAAAUGCAGCUUUAUUUUUCCUGCUUGAAAAUGACUUUGCUACAUAAACAACUGUACCAUGGUGGACUGUUCUGUUUGGUCUCAUCACUGGCUGUUAUACUGUACAUUGUUAUAAAACAAAGUAGGAAGGCAUAAGCCCUAAUUAGGAAACAGCAGAGGGAAAAAAUAAAAUACAGGACAAAAAAUCAACAUAUCCUUUGUUAAGUCAUCAGAGAUUAAAGUUUGUUUUUUUUUAAGUGUAAACAUUUGAGUCAAGUUUCCUAGAAGGCUGGUCCCAGUCUUACAUAUCGUUUCCAUGAGAUACAUUUUCAUUCACUGUUUCCAAUAAGGGUUAUGCAGCUGGUAGAGUGGUACAAUUGUAUCUAAGGGUCUUUCCUAAGGGAGGAAAAGAAAAACAAAUGAAGCUUUACCAAAGUUCUCAUCUGCUGGUCUGACGAAUGUUCAGUGUAUUAAUUUUCCACUAUGGUUUGCUCUAUAAUUACUUCUGUGAUAUGUAUUCAGAAAUAUAAGAGCCAACACUAUGACAGAAAUAUAAGAGUACACUAUGAUAUAAUCCAUUUGAUACCAAUAGUCCUAUCCAAUAUAUGGGGAUUUCACUUUAACAUACUUCCCUAGGUAUAGUAGAUCAGUAUGAGUGAAGCUUGAGUACCAAGGACACCACACCAGGGACUUGACUGCAAGCCCUGUUCCCACUGGAGACUCAUGAGAGAAGUUCUGGGAGAAUCAAAAGGACAGCUCACAUGAGUAAGUGCAUGCAUUGUGAACAAGGUAGGCAUUGACAUUUAAGUGGGUAUCAAAGAAAGUAGAAGGUCCUUGAAUGGAUGAUCUGUGCUGGGGGUGAAUUUAGUCCUGCAUGAGAUGUCCCUAAUUAGUAACUUUAUUUAGUAAAGUAUAUUUUUCUAAGUUUUAGAAGUGAAUUAUUAUUUAAUUAUGGACAAAUUGAGUUUCUAGAUUAUUUAGCAGGUAGUCCUAACACUUCAAAGAAUCGAUCAAAGCUAAAUAAAAAUUAUUAUUUUAAAUAUUAUAUCAAUAUAUGUGUAUAUAUACAUAUAUAUGUGUAUAAAUAUAUAUAUUGUAUAUUAUGUAUAAUUUAUUUUAGGCUACAAUACAUUUCCUAUUUUUCCAAGUUCAGUAAAAAAAAGUCUCUAAUACAAUACGAAAUUUGCUCAUGUAUCAAUAUUACCUGUAGUGAAACGUAUUGUAUAAGUUAAUAUGCAUUUUAUCUGCAAUGUUUGUACUAGAUUUGUUACAUGUACAAAUUCAAUAAGAUAAACAAAUGAAAUGCUUUGUCAUGAACAUGAGUUGUGAAAAAUCAGUCUGUUGCUACUGAAAAUGAUGGCACUGGAAGGAUAAAACAGUAUCUGUGUUUUCAAUGCUACUAGCAGGUUGUUCCCACUGUUCCUUACAGUAGCAGAAUAAACUCAGACAAAUCAACUUUGUGCAUGCACAUAUAGAUUUUUGAGAACAGACUCAGUCAUGUGUAUAUACCCUGUACAUAGAUUAUUGUAUAUCAUAGUGGCCAGGGCAUCUUAUCUAUUGCCAUAAUUUUUCUUUCUCCAGUGCACCUGUAUUCAAAGUCUCAACAAGCAUUUUUGACAGCAGUAGAGGUAAAAUGAGAAAACAUUUUUAUUGUAACCUUUAUUUCUGGUACAUGACUAGAAAUUUAAGCAGCAGUAUUUUUUAAUAGUUGUGAGUAUUGAAUAUUUAUUUAGGGUUUAAGCUAAGAAUUCUACUAUUUCAAAAAAGCAACAAUAAAACCCCCAAUACUUAAAUACUAAAGCUUUUAAAUUAGCUAGAAGUUUGAGCAAAUAUUAAAUACCAACUUAUUGGUGAUACAACCAAAAGGUGAAAUUUUAGUUAAGGUGGUGGGGGGGGGGGGGAAAUGUUUACUACUUGUUUAUAUGUUGAAUUUGUAAAAUAAAAUAUGUGAUCAAGGAGUAGCAGGGUUUGACCAUGAUUUCAGGAGAAAUUAUUUUAUAGCACCAGUGGUGACUACUCAUGUAACCAGUCCUGUUUAAUUCUGUUUCCAGUGAACUUUGAAUUUCUUUUGGCCGUUUUGCUGAAGUAACAAAUUAAUUGAUAUGUCCACACCAAACAGUGCUAGGAAGUAAGAUUUAUAGAGCAAAGGAAGACAAACACCAAAAUGGCAGUGGCUGCAAAUUGUUGUAGGCCCACUAAUAUAAAAAACCUGCACCACCCUUUCAAUUCUUGAUAUUGUUAAUAGGUAACAUUUUCAAAUGUAAUGAACACACAGAAGCUUAAGUCUACUGAAAAAAAGCCUUUGGCUUCUAAGUCAUGUCAGCUGUUUUGAAAAUUCUAUCCAGUAUCUUUUGUCCAAAAAGGAUCUUGUUCAGUUCUAUUAGCCUUGAUUAUGCUAUGCAUGGUUCUUUCGCUUUAAUAACCAUUAUCUUUGUGAUAAACAUUUUUAAAUUUUCCCUUUAAGGCUUGCAAGGACAGUACAGUGAUUGCAUGAGUGAACCUAUGGGGAUAGAAACAUUCUAAUAUAUUUGUUGGAAAUUAUUUCAAUGAAACUAUAGUAAAAGAGGAACAAAGUGGACCUGUAUGCCACAUCUUCCAUAUAAGACUGUGAAAACAAGCACAGCAGGACUGAAAACAAGAAAAAAAUGCAUAUUACCCAUUGGG